AUGGAAUGCCCUCGUCCUUCACUGUCCGUUCAUUGCGUGUCGCACGGCCCCAUGACUGCGGGUACGGCGGAAAAUGGUGACGCAUUUGGCGGCCAAUCGUACCGACACGUAGCCGGCAAUCGUCGGGCCUCCAAGUGGCUUUGUUUCCUUACCACAUGUCUGGCAUUUGCACUGGGUGUUGGAGUUGGUGUCGCUCUGCUGCCUGUCCUCUACGGCUCAUCUCCUUUCGUCAACGAAAUCAACAACAACAGCACAGCUGUGAUGACUCCGUGGACCCUCGUUCAAGACUCAUCUCCUACCAUCGCUGAUGGGCACCUCAACUUGACCAGCAAAGGAAACAACACGUCAAGUAUUCCCGUCCGCAUGUCACCCUUGAAGAUGAAAGCUCAUUUGAGUAAAAAGGAAAAAGAAAGGCAGUCGACUCGUCGUAAAACGCUUGACUUAAAGUCCAAUCUGACGGAUGUGAACUCAACAACCGAAGAAGAAGAUGCAGCAGCAGCAGCAGCAACGGUCGAUGUCGUCAGUUUCGUUCACCCGCAAACGGCCUGGACUUCUCUACCUGCCGCCAAUGAAGACGGACGCAGUCUGACGACGACUGUUUUGGGGGAAGCUGUCAAAGGUAUCUUCUGGUCACAAGAAGUGGAGGACAGUCUCCCAACAGGUUUCGACGAACUAAACGCAAAAGAGUGGCGCGACUUUAGCCACCAGAGUUCAGUUCAACGUGUCGAGGAGGGAUGCGGCCGAAUGCAAAAUCGACUCGUGACUUUUGAAAAUGGCAGACAGUCGUGUUGCCGCUACCGCCAAAACUACGACCAGAUCCAGGGCGAAAUCUUCAGCUUCUACCUGAGCCGCUUACUCGGCUUACGCAAUUUGCCACCGUCGUCUGUGGGUCUGGUCCGACCACGAGAGCGCCAAUGGAUGAACGUCCAAUCGUCUCUCAGCCAAGCGCAGUGGACGGAAAACCGACCAGUUGUCCACACGCAGUUUUUGAAUGAUUUGGAGCCGGCCUACAUUCCUGUUCAGUUUCGAGGGCGCGAUCGGCAUCUGAAUCCGUUGGACGUGCAACACCACAGGCUACAAGAGAAGGUCGACCGCAGCGAGUUGAUAACGUUGGCCCAGUGGUCUGAUCUUUUGAUCUUUGACUACCUGACAGCCAAUCUGGAUAGGAUGGUCAACAAUCUGUACAACAUGCAGUGGAAUCCGGCCAUGAUGGAUUCGCCCGCUCACAAUCUGGCACGCGAUUCCCGAACGGGUUUACUCGUCUUUUUAGACAACGAAAGUGGCCUGUUGCACGGCUACCGCCUGCUGGACAAGUACGACAUCUACCACAAGAGCCUCCUCGAGUCGCUCUGCGUUUUCAGACGAACGACAGUCGAGUCGCUGCGGCAGUUGCAAUCGCAGAAAAAUGUCGGACAUUUACUGCGCGACAUGUUGAAAACUCGCGAUCAAUCAGUUGUGGACUUUUUACCUUUCCUUCCGGAGAAGAGCAUCAAGACCCUCAACUAUCGAAUUGAUCAAGUGCUGGACCAAGUGGCCAAGUGCCAAUCUCUUUAUGGCUCCUAA